AUGGACGCGUCCGCCUGGCGCCUCCCGCACCCGCCGCCGCCUUUCCCCGGCUGGGCCGCCUACGGCCUCUGGGCGCCGCCUCCACCCCCUCCCCCAGGGGGAAAUUGCCAUUUUGGUGAAGACUGGCAAGCAGAACAAACUGGGCAGCCACGUUUCAGAGCUUAUCAACAAAACUACAAGCAGAAGAACAAGAAGAGGAAAGAACCAGUUUUUACUCAUUAUUGUGACACGUGUGAUCGUGGCUUUAAAAACGAGGCGAAGUAUGAGGAGCAUCUCUCUCAGCACAGACAGUGUACAGAAGACGGGUGUAGUUUUAGUGCACAUGAAAAAUUGGUUCACAUCCAUUGGAAGAAUAUACAUUCUCCCGGAGCCAAACGAAUCAAGUUAGAUACUCUUGAGGAAAUUGCUAAAUGGAGGGAAGAGAGAAGAAAAAACUUCCCUACGCUGGCAAACAUUGAAAAAAAGAAAGUGCUGCAAAUGGAAAAGGAGCAGAGAGGAGAGGUGCUCAGUACGGUGCAAUUUGGCAAGAUGAAGGGGAUGUGGAAGCCCUUCCAAGGCGAGAAUUCGCGGCAGCGCGGAAGAGGAGGACACUGGAGGGGUGGCUUCCAGACCACGUCUCUUCCCCUGAAUGCCGCCGGUCUGAAAGGCCGUGGAAAUGAUGCGGGAGCUGAAAGAGCUGAGCCUUCUGGAAAAGCCCAGGCCUCUGUGAGAGAUGUGGACCCCCUCAGCCUUUUGGCCACCAAUGAUCCUGAUUCGGACAAAGAGGCGGGAGCUGCGGAGGACGCCGCAGCGGGCGUGACUGUCGUUCCCAGGCAGAUCACCUCCGCUCUGAGCUCCCUGGUGGCCAGUUAUGGCAGCAUGUCAGAGAGCGAGGAAGAUGAAGAGCCCAUCAAGACGUCAGCAAACAUACUUGCUGAAAAUCAGGCCGUUCUCAGAAGUGUGCCUCAGCCUUCCAACAUCCCCCCUGCCUGCAAAGACACAGACCAUAAAGAAGCUGCUCACAGUGGAGCUGAGAGGUUGGGGAAAUCGAGUCCAUGCGCCGAACGCUCUAGAGGUCCAAGCCGACAGAGGAAGGGGCCUUGGAAGUUGCCAAAACGUCGCCCAACACUGCUGGAGAUGCUGCUCGCCAAGGACAUUCGGCACGAAAGGAACGUGAUUUUGCAGUGCGUUCGCUACAUCGUCCGAAAUAUGUUUGAGCAGCACGCGCAGAUUGUUUCAGCACGAGGACUGGAGAUUGGGCAGACCGUUGGAGAUGCAGAAGGGCUCUUUCCAGGCAGGCGUGGUGGAUCGAACACAUGUUGUGGCUUUGAGCAUCAGUCAGCAGAACAGAAUGAAUGGGUUGGACAGAACAAGGAUGCGGCCCGUUGUCAGACAUCACAGAUUCCUUGUGCUGUUGAGGAGGAGGGUGUUGGAAACCACAGAAGUCCCCUCUGA